AGAGAGAGAGAGAGAGAGAGAGAGAGAGAGAGAGAGAGAGAGAGAGAGAGAAAAGACACGAUAGAGUAGAAAUCACCGCGCGAAAGAGAAACGCCGGGAGUGCGAAGGCGCGAGUCAAGCGAGGUCGCGACUUCCCCUGUGAAUCGUGCUUUGUGCCGAUCCGGAAGACGCGCAUAUACUCAUCUUAUAGAUGCUUUUUCGAUGUAAUACGCUUCAUGUGGUGCGGUAAUGGAUGCGCUUGGGACGUCGGUUUCUUCGGAGAAGGAUAUUGUAUUUACCAAUGCGUAAGUAACUCCACUUGAUGCGUAUAUGCACUUUUGAUUCUGGCGCGAACAAAGAACUCCGAAAAACUAUGGCAAUUUUGCAACACGAUUGCGAUUUAAUGCACCCGCGACGUCCAGUCGAGCCUGAGAUCAUGUUGAUCCCGAUUAAUCGAUAAUACACUGGUUUCUUUCUCCUUGCCUUUCGUUGUUUAUAUUGCGAGCGACUGAGAAUAUGUCUAUAUUGCAAAAAUUACUCGAUUUAGUGAUACUUAUAUGUGUAUAAUUUUUACAGCAACAUGAAUAAUGCAAGAGAGCAACCAAGUUUAUGGAGUUCGAGCAGCCAUAUACAGAAUGCCCCUCUUUCUUCGUCAUUUGUAAAUACAAAUAAUGGAGGUACGUUGACAGAAAUGAUUGCGCAAUAUUAACGCAAUAGUUAAAGUAUAAUAUAGUAUGGAUUCUGUGAUUUAAAUAAGUUUUGCCAGAGCAAAUAGUUACUUGUUCUUUAAUUUUCAAGCAUUACUGUAAUCUUUUAUUUCACAAAGAGAAUAAUUUCUGGCUAUUAAAAUUGAGUGUUAUUUGAAAAAAUUCUAUUUUCUUAUUAUCGUUAUUUGUUGCAGAGAAAUCAAGGAAGAGAACAAAUACAGACGAGCCAUGUGAAAAGGAAAAGAAACCAAAGAUAGAGUUAAUGAAUGUGGGGACCGGUGCUCCAAUAAACCCACCAGCAGAUACCAAAGAGAACACUGACUUUAAUGAGAGUAUCAGCUGCAGCAUUUUAAAUGCUGACACUAGCAUAGAGGACCAACCAAAGAAUACAAGUAUCUCACAAAUACCAAGUAAUUUAGUAGGAAAACUUAUUCCAGAAAUCAGUAAUGCAUUGAAAUUAAAGAAUCAACCAAUCUUUAUUCGAAGUAACAAAAUUUUAGAAGAAAACUUACAUAAACUUGCGCGACACGUUUUUGAGGAAGUGAACGGAUACUUGGUGAUUAAACAAGAUUUUUUAGAUGCAAAAGAAAAGCCAAAAGAUGAUGAUUUAAUUCAGCUAAGAAAACGUAUUCAACACGAACUCAUAGUUAACGAUUCAACAGUCAGUGAUAUCCGAAAAUGCCGGUUUAUUAUACUUUCCUAAAUCCAGUAAUGUCAAAACAAAGCUACCACAAAAGAAAAACUGCAUCCAGUUCAAAAAAAGUAAAGGACAGAAUGCCACGAAAAAAAGGCAAAAUACCAGUGUGAAAGAAACUUCCAGUAAUGUGAUAAAUCACGGUUUUUCAGAUAUCAUAUUCAUAUUCAAUCAAGAAGCUCUUGGUAUUAUUACUUCAUGUCUAACCAAUAUGUACAAUAAACAAGUAAAUUUUAUUGACACCAGAUGUCCUGAAUUUUACAUUAAAAAGGUUAAACAAAUUAUUGAAAAUAUGGAAAUGUAUUCAAAGGCCCAAGGAUGCAUACUGUUGAAGGAUUUCCUUUCGCAGCCCUAUUCGAUCAUAGAAGCAUUCAAGUCAACGAAUCUGCUACUGAUUGAGUACAUCAGCUCUUUGGAGAAAAUAGAAGGAAUGGAUAGUAUCUUCCAGCAACUAGAAGAUAUAGUGCAAAAAGCAACAGAAAAUAAUCCAAAAAAGUUAGUGGUAAUUGGAGACACGAAAGAUCUUCAUGCUUUGUUCAAGUUUAAGUGCAAUACAAUUGAUAAAAACGGUGUUAAUAUAUUGAGCCAGUUGACAGAAGAGUCGCAGUCAGAUCUGCUACAGAAAAUUCAAGUAAACUUGUAUGACCGUCAAUUAAAAUGUUCUGAGUUAAUGGAUGAGCAGGCCUUGGUGAAUAUUGUCGGCACACCUCAAUUAUUGCAGCAGCUCUUGAUAGAAAAUCUCGUCAUCGUCUGCGGUGAACACCAGCGUCAGCGAUCCUAUUACAAAACUGAAUUUAUACAAGAAACUUUCCUAAGCAAGAGUCGAAUUGUUAUUAUUUCCGGAGAAUCGGGAUCAGGCAAGAACACUUGUUUGCAGAAAUUAAAACAAAAAUUAAUAGAGUCUCCUGCACUGACCUGGGUCGUCGGUAUUCAUCUAGACAAAACUGACGUAAUUAACAAGCUCGAGGAGCAAAGUUUCAAGGGAAGCAAGAUAGAUUUACUGAUUGAGUUGAUUGGUUAUCAGGGUCUUCAGAGGCAGAUGUUUGCUGCAUGUGUCGCAGGCAAAUUAAGCCUUAAACUUGACCUUGUAGUCUACGGAUUUGGAGAAAGAUUACUUUAUUCAUCUAAAGAUUCCAAGAAGGUUGUAAAAGAUAUCCUCAAAGAGCUGCAAUCAUCAAGUGGCAACAUCAAUAUCUAUGUUACAUGCGAAUCUCAAUCUCGGACAGAGCUGGAAGACGAACUAAACGCUCAUGUACACGAACUGGACCCUUUUACUCCACAGAAGAAAAUUCAGUUUAUGAUCAAAUGCUUACGCAGCUAUCCAGACAGUGACAAAGUCGACUUAUCGAAACGCGCUCAAAAUUUAUUGCAAACCUACGAAAAGAAGCAACUUGAUUGCCUGAUCGAUACGACGUUGAAGUUAAAGAUGCUCACACUCAUCAAUCUAAAUUGAUGAGCGAUAACCCGU